AUGCCGCAAGUGGCACCGGUCAGGAAGUCUUUGGAGAAUACCAUCGCCCUUUCGGAGGCCCUGAAGAAGAAUACGGUGGUCAAGCACGGGUCCGGCGGUGCCCACUGGGAUCUGGACUGCGAGGAGGAGGAGGCGGAGGCGGAGGAGGACGACGAGGACGACGAGGACGACGAGGACGACGAGGAGGACGAGGAGGAGGAGGAGAGGACUCUGGUGUUGCGGGAAUGCGAGAUCACUGACGCUGGUGCUGAGGCCCUUGGGCAGGCGCUGGCCGAGAAUCAGUGCAUUGAGGACUUGGAUUUGCAGCAGAAUCACUUGUCCUCCAGGGGCGUCAUCUCCUUAGCUCAGGGGCUGCGAAGCAACCACAGCGUGAAGACAUUGAACCUGAUGACUCAGCAGCUUGGUGCUAGGAACCACAAACUUGGGGAGGAUGCGCUGGAGGGCUUUAUUGCGAUGUUUCAAAGCAAUAUGACUCUCACCAAGCUCAUGUGGAAGGUGGAUUCGCGUCGUGCCUGGGAAGUCUCCAAAUUGAUCACCCGCAACGUGGAGAUUGCCCGCCGUGGCACCGAUGGUGUGAUGCCCGCCCCGAAGCCUGCGCCCGCGCCCAAGCCAGCACCGGCACCUGCAGCAGCCACGCCAGCGGCCAAAGAAACAGCGUACCCGGCAGCAACAGAGCUGCGUACGCCGGCGCCCAAAGAGACGGCAAAACCAGCGAAGGAUUCGGGAGCAGGUGGGAUUGCAGGGGGAUGCAGGGUGAAAUCAGGUGUCUUAGAGAUUGCGUAG